CCACGACCUCCAGCAUACCCGGCGAGGCAGCUAACAUCUCGCCACCGCGGCCAACCGUUGACUUUAGCCGGCCGCAGAGAGGCGGUGCUGCACCUGGAGCAUGACGCACGCUCGCCCAGCCACCCCUGCCCCACAUCGCCCAGCCGCUCGCCACGCAACCCUCCGCCCUCUCCAGUGCACUUUAGUCACUUGCCGGAUGCAUGGAUCGUGGCGUGGCGGCGUGGCGGGGGGGGGUUUUCCUGUGUUUUGUCACUGCUGGUUUCGCCGUGACGCGCCGAAGUUGAGAGACCCCCCCCACCACCACCACCCCCCCUGACCGUCACGGGACCCUCCGCCGUUUUACACCGGAGAGCAGCGUUGUGUGUGCGCGCGCGCGCGCGCGAGACCGCCGCCGCGUUCGUGAAGCUGGAGUCGAUCGCGCGCGGUGCCGAUGUUUAGCGGAUUUACUCGGGCGAGCGCUGCGCAGCAGGAUCUUCCACCGGCACGUUGACAUCGCCUCCCAUGACCAUGAUCCACCAGACGGAGGAGAGGGGGCCCGCCGUGGCUUUGCCCGUUUCCCCGUCGCUGAGGAACGGCGACCUGCCCUCCGCCAAGAAGCGCAGCCGGAGAAAGGUGAUCAUGAACCGACUGCAGGCGAAGGGCUCUAAAAGGCCCGGGUGUCCUGAGAGCAUCGAGAUCCAGCCGGUGAGAGAUCGUGGCGGCGGCAGGAGGUCGAGCCUCGGGGGCGGAGGGACCGCCGCGUCCGCUGGGAGGGCAGCACCAAUGUCUGCCAAGGAGCUGUACGUGAAGCACGUGGUGGACGAGUUGGUGGAGACGGAGAAGACCUACGUGGCCAACCUGCGCUCCAUCAUCGAGGACUACCUGUCAGUGAUCAUCGACAGGAAGGCACUCCCACUCACGCGCGGCCAAGUCUACACACUCUUUGGCAACAUCGAAUACAUCUACCCCUUCAACAGUGAUCUGUUACAGAGCCUGGAGGCCUGCGCUGGAGAUGUUGUGGCCAUCGCCAAUUGCUUUGUGCUCAAGAGUGAAGACUUCAAGAUCUACACUCAAUACUGCACUAACUAUCCCAGCUCGAUGGCCAUCCUGAGCGACUGCAUGAAGAACAAGACCCUGGUGGCGUUCUUCCGCGAGAGGCAGACGGCUCUCCGGCAUUCGCUGCCGCUCGGCUCGUACCUGCUGAAACCCGUGCAGCGAAUCCUCAAGUACCACCUCUUCCUGAAGGACAUCGCGAGCCGGCUGGACAAUGGUGCGGAGGGCCGCGACGUGGUCAACAGGGCCCUGGCGGCGAUGCACGGCGUGGCGCGGUCCAUUAACGAGAUGAAGCGCAAGCACGAACACGCCAUACGCGCGCAGGAGAUCCAGGGCCUGCUGGUGUGCGGCAAGGCUCGGCUGAACCUGGACGAGCUGGGCGAGCUGGUGCAGGAGGGGACCUUCCAGGUGAAGCACGGGCGCAAGGAGCGCACGCUGUUCCUCUUCGCCAAGGCGCUGCUCGUCACCAAGCGGCGUGAAGACGGCACCUUCACGCACAAGUCCUGCAUCAACUGCGAUAACCUGAUGAUGUCGGAGAAUACCAAGGAGCGGACGUUCAGCGUGUGGAACCAGCGGGACCCAAAGACUCGUAUCACCUUCCAGACCAAGUCACUGAAUGAGCAGAGGCUGUGGACUUUACAUCUGAAGAAGCUCAUCCUGAAGAGUCACCCGACGGUCGUGCCAGAGCGGGCAAUGCAAGUUAUUUUGGAUGUGAACCUAUUGGCUGAUCAGAAUACACCCGAAGGCAAGCCCGAGGCGACCACGCGUAGGCCCAGCGGGAACACGACCUCCGAUUCUCCGUCGCCGCCUCUGCCACCGCACGAUCCGUUGCGGCCGGCUCACUGGCCGUCCCGGGAAUCUCCCCGGUGGGACAUCGUCCGCCGGCCGUCCCGCGACUCGGCCGAUCCGGGGAGUCCGUGGUCUCCGGGCGGCCACGGGGGACAGGGCGCACCGGCCGGCACCACGCCCCCCUCGCUGCGGCGCGACGCUGGGGGCCGGGGGUCGGCCUCGGCGUCGCUUCGCGAUCGCGGGCGGAGCAGCGGAGAGGGCUCGAGCGAGGAAACAGCGGCGGCAGCGGCAGGGGUGACCCCCGCGAUGACCCCUCGUGCUGAUGAGGUUGCCUCCCGGGCCCCACUGGGCCCCAUCGAUGUCGGACACAGUCAGGGUUUCACGACAGCGCAGUGUCCGGCUGAGCCCACUGUUCCCUCCCCGGCGAGAGAGAUGCCGCUUCUGAAAGACGACACCGAGGGCCUGCGAGAGAUUCUGGGUUUGAACCACGGCAAUGUGGCAGCCAGCCCGUUGCCCACACUGAGGCCUCUCUUAAGUCCCAGGUGCCGCCAGUCUCUGAGUCUGGCAUACAACAACAAAAGCACUGACUCGGAUCAGGUCGCCAUCACAGAGUCGUCGGGGGAAGAUCUCGAGGACGACGACGACGAUGAUGAUGAUGACGACAACGACGACGGCGACGAUGAAGAAUUCGGAGGCGGAGUGGAAAUGGCUGCUGUUGAUUGGCCGGAUCGGUAUCCUACUGCGGACGUUUCCGCGCGUGAACUGAGCGAGACGCGUGAUGUCUCGACGCUUGGCUCGCCGAGCUCUCGCCGAGAGGGUGAUGGUACCAGAGUGGAGGACGGCGGAGGCGACGCUGGCAAACGCGGCCGGGAUUCCGCACCGCCCCUUAAUACGCUGUCCGGCGAGCGAGCCAGCACCGCCAGCACUGCCGCGACAGCGGAAGGGAAGGAGGCGCUCGCGACGCCGACCUCGACCAACCCGAGCAGCGCCAGCAGCCGACGGAGCAGCACCGAGGAGGGGGAGGAGACGGUGGCGGAGCAGCGCCGCUUGCCACUCUCGCCGCGCUCGCCCGCCAAAGUCCUGGCCAACGCCGCCGGACGGCCGAAACGCGGGGCCCGCGCCGACGACGCCGACGAUCGCGUCUCUUGGAGCCUCCCCGACUCGACGGAACUCAACGGGUUUCCCUGCCCUCUCCCCGCGCCCAUGGAUCGCCCGAGUGAACCCUUCGGUUCUCACGCCAACGGCUAUGGCAUCAUCGAGGAGGAAGUCGAAGAGUUUUUGGAGGGCUGCGGCGGCGACGACAGUUUUGCCGAGGAGUUUGACGUGAAACAGGCUUGCGGCGAACCUCGGCCAUUUCCGCCGCACCUCCUGAACCAAAACGGUGGCGGGAACGGGGUGACUUCGACCGAAUCGGAAUGGUGGCACGAUUUCAAUGGCGGCGUUGGCAACGGCAACGGCGUCGGCAACGGCGACGGCGUCGGCGGCGGCACGCUCGCGAGAGCGACUUCCCGCGGGCAGACGCUGCAACUGAGCCGAGCCUCUUCGCUCUCCAAGAAGGACAGGCAGCUGAUCGAGAAGAUCAAGAACUACUACGACCGGGAGGGCUGCGAGGACGCGCAGGGGGGGGCCGCCCCGGUCAAGCGGCGAGAGAGCCUCGCGCACAUCCCCCAGGGGAAGGUCCGGAAUUCCAUCUUCGUGCGGGCCCAGCAGCUGCAGAAAAUCAAACGGGGGGAGGAGAACGGCGCCGAGCCGGCACCGGCACCGGCGGGAUUGUUCGGCUUCCCCGCCGACGUUCCGGACGAGGGCUCGGGCGCGGCGCCGGGAGGCGCUCGCGCAGCGGGGAAGACUCCGUCGCCGAGCCGCCCCGGGGCGGAGGCGUUCGACGUGUCGGACGUCCAGGCGGUGUACGACAACUGGGUCUGGCCGCCGGGCGGCGUCUACGACAACCUGCUCUGCCUGGGCUCCUCCAGCGCCCUGCCGCCGCUGCCCACCCUGCAGGAGAAGCCCUCCGAGGGGGAGGAAGAGAAUGUCUACGGGGAGGUGGACCUGGACGCUGCCUUUCCUCCCGACGCCGCGCAGCACAACGGCGACGCGGCGAGCCCCCGGCGGCGGCCGGCGGCGAUAAAUCAAGGCGGCGGCGCGCUCCCUCCGUGCGACGGGCACGGGGCCCAGCCGGCCGACUGCAGCAAGAACCUGCAUGACCUGUGCGACGACCUGGAGAGCUACUACCGGGACCACGGCAAGGUCGCCUCGGGCCUGGCCGCCUUCCCCGUGGCGGAGCUGGACCUGGAGAGCCCCCCGCGGAGCCUCAGCGCGGGCGACGUCGGCGCGUCGCUCGCGGAGUUGCCGGCCGCCGCCCGCGAGGCGGACGGCGGGGGCGGCGCGUCGUUCGCCAGGCUGUGGCGCAAGAAGCUGGGCCGGUUGAGCGGCUCAGGGGGCGGCGGAUCCGGGAAGGGAGCGGCGGGGGAGGCCGGCGGGGGGGCCUCGCGGGGGCCGCUGGGCCGCUCGCUCUGCUCCAGCGAGGAGGCGAUCUCCGCGGAGGGGGAGCGGCGGCGCAGCGGCGGGGCCGGCUCGCCGGCGCGGCGUGCGCGGUCCAUGUACGACGUGGACAGUCCGCCGACGACGCCGACGACGCCGACGACGCCGACGACGCCGACGGCGGCGAGGUUCCCCGCCGACAAAAGCAAGAGCAGGGUGUACACGCUGGCGCGCGAGUACAGCAUGAGGAUCAAGCGGACUCGGCCGGUGACGGGCGCCAGGGAGGGCAGCGCCGAGGUGGCCCCGCUGCCCGCCGUGCUCGAGAUGAACGCGCACAACAGCGGCACCAUAGGCGCCAGGAUGGCCGAGCACAUGCACACGUACGGCCAGAUCAUCAUCCGCGAGGGCAACGCGCCGCCCAUGCCGGCAGACCUCGACCCCCCGCCGCCCACCGCCGCGAGCGGGCGGCGUCGCCUGCCCGGCACGCCCCCCCCAACAUCUCCCGCCCGCUCCCCGCUCGGCCGCCCCGACUCGUCUCCCGACCCCAGCGUCUCGUCGCGCGCCGGCUCCCGUUCCCCCUCGUCGGCAACGCCGCCGGGUUCCCCCUCGCGCGGCGCCCGCCCCGGGCUCCCGGCCGACGCGCCGUGCUGGCCCGUCGUGCGGGGCCUGCGCCUGCGCUACCAGGGUGGCGCCGGCGGCAGCGGCGGCGACAGCGAUCGAACCCGGGUGGUGUCGCCGGCCAAGUCGACGGGAAACUUGGCGACGGCGCGCGUGAGGUGGCGCGGGGACGCCGGGGGCUCUCCGGCGCCGGAGGGGCACGGACCUUCGGCCGCCCCCCUCCAGAAGCCGCGGAUCUGGUCGUGGAACGGCCCCGACGCGGAUUGGCUGGCGCCUCCCGGCGACGGCGGCGCGCGGCGGUCGGGUGGGGCGGCGACGGCGGCGUUCGACCGCCGUGCCGCGGCGCCGCUGGGGCCACGCAGGGCCAAGGAGAACUACCAUCGCAACUUCGUCGACAAUGACGACGACGGCGAGGACUACGUGGAGAUCCGAUCGCCCGAUCUAUCGGGGCCCCAGGCCGUCGGCACGGCAGCAGAGACCCCGCGGGCCGCCGAGACCGGCGGGGGGGACGAUCGGACACGGAGCGAGGGGCGGAGCGCGGGAGAUGGCGGGAGAGGGGCGCCGGCCGUGCCGGGACACAGGGCCCAGGGCUCCUCGGAGCGGAGCCUGGUGCGGAAGCUGAAGGAGAGGUUUCAGCCGCUGAGCUAUCAGAGCCACGCGUAACUGGGCACAGAUCGGCGCGCGAGCGACGAUGUUCGUGCACGCGGGGGGACGAGCUCGCGGCUGAACGGAGGCGGCAGGAACAAACGGUGUGCGCGCGCGCGUUGUUGUUGUUGUCGCUGUAAUUUAAUUAACUUACAAAUGCAACGGGUGCACGCAGUCUUAAAGGGUAAGGGAAAUGAAAGCAAAUGUCUUAAUAAACGUUAUAACACCCGUACAAACGCCGGAUGCUUUUUGACCUCACGCUAACGGGCGUGGCAUUUGGUGAAAGUGUCAAGACGCCGUCGCACAAAAUUGAGCCGCCUGGCAAGGUCGCGCGGUUGCCACGAGCGAAGCAUGCCAUGUGAAGACGAACGAGGGUUACACGUUGGCGGGACCUUGCAUUGUAAACGUGCGGUUCUCUGUCCCCGUGAACCCGUCGGCGCUUUUGGUUUGUUUUUUUCCACACGGAGUGGCUUCGCAAAGUUUUCCAUCGCAGCGUAGCGGGCUGCGGGGAAGGACUCUGCAGACCUCCGUUGAGCACCGGCACUCGCAUGAAAUCUGGGUUUUCGAAAAUGAGCCAAUUUAAAAUUCAUCAUCUCAGCUGGCAGACGGGAAAUUAAUUUCUAACAGUCUUUGUAAUGUUGUUGAAUUAUGCAAUAGUGUACACAAAGGAAAAGAGAGUUCAAUUACCAAUUGAGAAUGUACUGUGUUGUUCCCAUUUUUGAAGAGCAAUUUUUACGUUGCUGUUAUAGCAUAAUUUGCCUGUGCCUUAAUUGAAUGCCAAAUGCACUUGUGUAUGCACGUUAAGUGUACGUGUGUGUGCGCGCGCGAAGAAAACAAUAUCAGCAUGUACGCACACCACACAUACACACGCGUAGGAGGAGGAGGAGGGAAUUGCAUGUUUUCAUAUCCGAUUACCGAUUGCGCAGGGCCACGUGAAUUAACAUCGUCUGCGCCAUGAACCCUCGAUGUACGUGGGCUGAUCACACGCGGCGGGGCGGGAGGGGUACGGGAAAGGUUUUGGGGGGGGGGAGGGGGGGUGGUGAUCCGCUAACUCUUGCCUGCCGUUGUUCUCUGUGUCGUCUGUGCACGAACUCUCCGCGUGGGCGGCGCGUCGUUUACCCUCGUAAGUGUGCGGGGCACGAAGCCACGACUUCUGCUUCACCACCCACCCCUGCGCCCACCUGUGUGAGAGUCGUGUGUGUCGGUGUCGGUGUGUGUGUCGGUGUGUGUGUCGGUGUGUGUCGGUGUGUGUGUCUGUGUGUGUGUCGGUGUGUGUGUCGGUGUGCGAGUGUGUGUGUCUGCGCAGGAGUGAUAGGGCAGCAGUUAGCGUGCCGCGCUACAAACCCGGCAAGCCGAGUUCGAUUCCUUGCACGUGGCCAACACAAAGUGACCCAGUUUCUGAACUGGUCCCGGACCUCCCAUAGGUUGACACAGCCUUAAAUGAGCACGUGGCACGGUGUGUAAACAUCGCCACUCGGGAGGCAGGCGUCCGGGCGUGGUGAUGUGGCCACCCACCCCCUCGCGUACCGUGCCGGCUUGCCUAGGUGCUCGCUAACAGCACUUGCCCCUAGAGUCUGUUAAGGCUCUACGGGGGUACUUUGUUUUUGUGCAUCCCUGUGCUACCGUUGGGCGAACGACGCAAAUGUGACACAGCUUAACACGACGCGCGGGGAAUCCCAGACUGAAUCGGAAUCUUUAUUUAUACUGGAGGAACCCGAUGAGCUAUGAAGCUAUUUUUCACAGAUGCAAAGUUGCAGACACCGUUGUUCAAAUAUUGUCCCGUGAUGCGGCAAGUGGCAUCAGAACCUGGCCUGGGCCUCCCCUAUUUUAUAAUAAAAUAAUCAACUACUUCCAGCCCUUGUUCAGUCCUUGCUUCAUCAAUAGAUCUUUAGUGUGUGUGCGUGUGUUGGGCCACGUACUGGAUUUCGACCAAAUUUGCGUCGUGAAAACCCUCCACCGAGCGGACGCAGCCGGACAAAAGUGAGAUCGCGUCGCGCGGUGUCGCGAGCGUUUUUUUGUUGUUGUUUGCCAACGUGCCCCCCAGCCCGUUUACACUCAUCGCCUUGCGGGCAAGUCGAGGAAACGCUUCUUCUCACCCCCGUGUUGGUGGCUGUUUCACCGUACCUGGUCAACCACGACGGUGUCUGUGUGGGGUUGGAGAGAAGUCGGGGCCGG